CGCCUUCUUCAUCCGAAGACUUUGAGGAGCGUCUCCGACCUGCGUCGCCCGCGCAUGAGCCGCUGAAGGGCUGGAUGUCCGAACAACAUGAUUAUCCAUUAAACUCCAAACUUUUCUCUUUUUUUAACCCAGAGCAUAUCGGUGAUUUUUGUCCACUGCUCGGAGGAGAAGAGCGAGCCCAGGGCUCCUGAAAUGCAACAAAAUCCUUAUUUAUAAACAAGUCCAAGGUAGUGAUAUGCAAGACCUCCUCUACUCGGUGAAUUUUCUAUCCUAUGGAUAUCGAUCUUGAGCUUUGAGACUGGCGAGCCCUCUGCACUGGGUCCGGCAGCCUCGAUCCUUUCAAUGCCUGGUUUUCCCUGGGAUUGCUGGCCUUCUCUGGAGAUCAGAGCGGUCCUCUGUGCCAUGGGCUGUAUUCAGAGCAUCGGCGGCAAAGCCAAAGUCUUCCGGGAAGGUAUUACGGUGAUUGACGUGAAAGCCUCUAUCGACCCCAUCCCCACCAGCAUCGAUGAGUCCUCCAGUGUGGUGCUCCGCUACCGCACACCCCACUUCCGGGCCUCUGCCCAAGUCGUCAUGCCCCCGAUCCCCAAGAAGGAGACCUGGAUAGUUGGCUGGAUUCAGGCAUGCAGCCACAUGGAGUUCUACAACCAGUAUGGGGAUCAGGGCAUGUCCAGCUGGGAGCUCCCAGACCUCCAGGAGGGCAAGAUUGAGGCCAUCAGUGACUCAGACGGGGUGAACUACCCCUGGUAUGGCAACACCACAGAGACAUGCACCAUCGUGGGCCCCACCAAAAGAGACUCCAAGUUCAUCAUCAGCAUGAAUGACAACUUCUACCCCAGCGUCACGUGGGCCGUGCCGGUUAGUGAGAGCAAUGUGGCCAAACUGACCAACAUCUACCGGGACCAGAGCUUCACCACCUGGCUGGUGGCCACCAACACCUCAACCAACGACAUGAUCAUCCUGCAGACACUGCACUGGCGGAUGCAGCUCAGCAUCGAGGUGAACCCCAAUAGGCCCCUGGGCCAGCGGGCCCGGCUGCGGGAACCUAUCGCCCAGGACCAGCCCAAGAUCUUGAGCAAGAAUGAGCCCAUACCACCCAGCGCCCUUGUCAAGCCCAACGCCAACGAUGCACAGGUCCUCAUGUGGCGGCCCAAGUAUGGGCCCCCAAUGGUAGUGAUCCCGCCCAAGCACCGGUAACAGCCAAGGUACCUGCUAAGUCAGACUCACCAAUAAUAAUAUUGCUCAGAAUGAACCCAAACACACUCUGUCAUUCAACAAAAUACAACCAUUCUACCUUUCCCAGCGGGACGGAUCUCACUGUGCUAAUGCCCAAGAUGGCCUCCCCCGGCUCUCUCAGAACCCGCUUCCUUGCAGGGAGGGGGGGACCCAAAUGGGACAAACCCCACAUACGUCCAUCAGUGUCAUCACCUUCCAUCUUCCUUCUCCUUUUCUCACGGUUUCAUUC